GAGACCCUGGAGGAGAGUGCGUGGUCACAGCCAGACACAUCAUCCUGCCGGUAACAUGGGCACAGCUGCAAACGGCACUUUGCAGUCGGUUUCAUGUGUGCUGCCAGUAGAAGUAUUGGAUAAAUGUAAUGGACCCCUGGUGUAAAUGGAAGGUAUAGGAACCAACACUAAAUGUGUUUCUACAUAGCCUAAAUAGCAUGUUUCUAAAUAGCCUUGAUGUCAGUUGUCCACCAUGCACCCGUCAGGCUGUGUCUCUUUUGUUCCUUGAGUCCCUGCAUGGAUGUCUGCUCAGUAUCUUCCUCCCACAAAACAUCUGUAGUUGGUAAAUUGCCUGUGUUGUGAUUAAAGCAUAGCUUAUAUUAUUUAUAAUGCGUUUAUACUCUUCAAAGCGAAACCUAGACUUUCAUCUUUGUUGCCUGCAUCACCAGUGUGUUUCUGAUUGAUGCCAUAUUUGGUGGGCUGUAUAUGCAGUCUGGGGUCCCCACAGCCAAUCAGAUCCCAGAUGUGGGUGUCUGACUCCCUGGCUGUUGCCUGGCAACUGGGACUGCUGCUCUGUAAUUCAAUCCAUGGAAAGAUCCUGCAGGGGUUUACAUGGGAAGAGGCAAGAAGAAAAUAUCAUUAGAUGCACAGGGGGAAGCAAAUGACCCAGGAUGGACUCCAUUUCCCACACUGCUGAGCAGGAGUAUGAAAUGAUAGUGUAUGAUUGGGAGUUUAGAGCACAUGGGUUACAAUGCCCCUAAACUGCUUUUGUAGUAAUAAUAUCUAAAACAAAUAUAGCCGCAAGCGGCAAUUCCAGGGUUCAAGCCAACACAGACCAUUAGAAGUUUAAAGAUUUUGAUCUGGACCUGGUCAAAUGUGGCCUAGACGUGACAAAAGCUGUGAAAUCUCCCUUUUUUGCAUUUUCACAAAUAGAAUGAAGAAAACAAACAACUUCUGAUUCAUAAUCUGAUUCGUGUUAUGCCACGGCCAUUUUUUUUUUGCAUUUGUAGUGCCCCCUCGCGGUCGAUUUGAAGGAAACUUUAAGGGUAUGUUUCAGGUACUUCUGUGAACAUAUCCUGUAAAUUUUAUGAUGGCCAAUUGUUGACUUUGGUCUGUUUAUGUGCUGAGCCACGCCCCUUUUGAAGAUCAUUGGUCAAUAUCUUGAAAACUAAAUAAGAUAUCAACAAUCUUUAUACAAUAUUUGAUAAGCUUCCUCCAAUGAUGAUCCACCAAAAUUUGGUAGCAAUCGGCCCUACGAUUUAAGAGGAGAUGUCAAAAAUGUGUUUUGACGGAAAAUCUAGUUAGGCAGACUUUAAUGGUCCAAGAGGCUUUUUUGUAGAGCACAUUGAGCUGGACUCAUUAUAAAAAUAUCAAAUAAUUCGGACUUAUGGUGUGAGGGGCGUCGCCUGUUAAAAAUUGCAUUUUUAGGCCUUGAUUACAGCGCCCCCAUGUGGCCAAUUGGGCUCAUAUUUCUGUGGAAGAACAUGCACAUUAUUUCCAGUUAUUGGGCCAAGACAAAUAAUAAUAAUACGACAGCACAAACACAAUAGGGAUUCAAGCCCCGAAGGGGGUGGAACCUUAAAAUAAUAGUAACCAUCUUCACUGUAAUGAUCUGUUAAUGCAUUGUAUGAGAAAAUAGCUUUGCUUCUUUGUUCAAAGAUAUUAAAUCCCACCUCUCUAUGAGGAGAACUGAAGCAUGAACGCAUUACAAGCAUCAUGACACAGCUGCGUUUUGACACACCGACCUGUUUUGUCCAAUAGGGUGCAUCAACCAGUUGUCACAUACAUCAAAUCAUCCGCUCUGCUGCUGCUCCCGGGAAUUAGACACUGAAAGAGUUAAAAAGGGGGAGGAUGUAAAAGUCAGUAGUGUGUGUGUGUGUGUGUGUGUGUGUGUGUGUGUGUGUGUGUGUGUGUGUGAGAGAGAGAGAGAGAGGAACACAUAUAAAAAGACAAGCACAGAAGAGCUGAACGAGGAAUAUGAUAUGUAUGAUGCUAGAAAAAAGAGAAAAUAUUAACAGCUUGAAUUCUGUCUUAUUUUGAAUCUCUCUCCAUCUCUCUUUUAUUGUGCAACAUCUCACUCCUCUGCCUUUUUAAGAGCAUUUAGCUAAGUGUCUCUGUAGCUGCAGUCAGAUUGAUCUCAUCUCCUGAGUGCACCAGCAAUUCAAAUUGUGAAUGUGCAAGAGUGAGUAAGGACUUUUCGAGGGACUCUUGCCAAAGAGAGAGAGAGACUAGAAAAGAGAGCGAUCAGGGGACACACUGGGACUCAGUGUGGACCUGAGAGAGACAGGAGAGUGGUCAGCUGAAGAGGUAAGAUGAGUAUAAACAACGGUCAAACUCUGACCGCCAGUGGAAAGGACUUUACCAGGAAUGGCAGCAGCAGCCGAGCCCCCUGGGAAGAUGCUAGGACUGUUUUGAAGCCCUCCACUCCCACCAGGAAACCUAAACCACCCAAGCCGGAGAAUGCCAUCACCAUCGCCGUGUCAUCACGUGUCCUCUUCAACACAGAGAUGGAGCAGCAUAUCUAUGAGCAGCAAGGCAUGGAGGAGUACAUCAAGUAUCAGGUGGAGCAUGAAACGCAGCCUUUCAGCCCCGGACCUGCCUUCUCCUUUGUCAAGGCUCUGGAGGCUGUAAACACUCGACUGAGGGAGCUUUACCCCGAGAGUGAGGAGCUAUUUGAUGUUGUGCUCAUGACCAACAACCACGCACACGUCGGCCUAAGACUCAUCAAUACCAUCAAUCAUCACCAGUUGUUCAUCGAACGCUUCUGUAUGACGGGAGGAAACAGCCCCAUAGGCUACUUGAAGGCCUACCACACUAACCUUUACCUGUCUGCUGAUCCAGUCAAGGUGCGAGAAGCUCUGGAGGAAGGCAUAGCAGCGGCCACCAUGUUCACCCCAGAGAAGAUGACAGAAGUGUCGGAGACUCAGCUGCGUGUUGCCUUUGAUGGUGACGCCGUCCUCUUCUCUGAUGAGUCUGAGCGCAUUUACAAGGCCCAUGGACUGGACAAGUUCUUUGAGCACGAGAAGGCACACGAGAACAAGCCUCUGGACCAUGGACCACUGAAAGGUUUCCUGGAGGCUUUGGGAAAGCUACAGAAGAAGUUUUAUGGCAAAGACCAGCGCAUGGACUGCCCCAUCCGGACCUACUUGGUGACAGCUCGCAGCGCGGCCAGCUCUGGUACCAGAGCCCUGAAAACUCUACGUUCAUGGGGUCUGGAGAUCGAUGAGGCUCUCUUUCUGGCAGGGGCACCAAAGGGCCCCAUGCUGGAGAAGAUCAGGCCGCACAUUUUCUUUGACGAUCAGAUGUUUCAUGUGGAGGGGGCAGCAGAAAUGGGGACAGUAGCGUGCCACGUGCCCUAUGGGAUAGCUCAGAGAGUUACCAAGAAAGGAAUUAAAGACAAAGAGACUUCUUCAGCACCAAAGUAGCCUGGACAUGACUGUGCAGAGGCACAGGAGACUAAAGGGACAUUUAGUCUUUUAGCAGCUAAAGAUGUUGAUAACUGUAUGCAAAACUAUAAAAAAAUUAUUGAAAAUGGCUUGCAAAUGUAUUAAAACCCAGUCGAUGCAAUAUGUUAUAUUAUAUAAUAUUGUAAUUAUACAGCAAUUAUAUGUCAUAAUACAAAAUAACUUCUUUCAUUAACAGCUGAUGACAUUUUAAUUCAGAGGGUUUUUUAUCCAUUGGUUGUUACAUUACCAGUUCAUUAAGUGCUACAACUUUCUAAUGGGGAACCCCUUAUAAACAGUUUAUAUGUUGUAAUAAUGGCUUUAUUAAUAGUUAAUAAAUCAUUUACUGAAGAACCAGUGUUUGGGUUGCCAGGUUGUGAAAAAUGUCUUUAACUGAUUGGACCAUAUGGCCGUGUACCUUGUGGAAAAGGGCUGCAGAGGAUCUAGACCAAGAUCUAUUUAUUAACUACUAAUUAAUGGUUUGCUGACAUUUAUAACUGCAUUAUUUUUUAAUAGAGAGGAUAAGCAACAGGCAAAGGGAUUAUUCACAACAUGGUAACCCUUAAUUUGUUCUUAAUAAUGGCUUCCAAUUGUUUUAGAAAGCAUUAGUAAAUGAUUCUUUAGCCAUUAAUAAAGCCAUUAGUUACAACUUGUAAACGCUGUAUAAAGAUCUCCUUUCCUAGAAAGCCAUAGGCUACUCAGUGCUGUUUGUGUUUAAAAUUUCCAUUUGCAGCAGGACAAUUACCUCAUAUACCAGCAAACUCCUGUAUUAUUUUCUGUAUUUAUACAUUUUUACCCACAUCUGUAAACAUUGUAUAACCCCUUUGAAAGACUAAAAAAGCCUUUGUAAAAUAAAGUGUAUUUAAAAUCAAACAGAACCAAAUAUAAGAAAUAUAACAAAAUCUACAAAGUCUAAACAAUAUUUACAUAGAUGCCAGGUUACUGAGGAAACAUGAAGUGACUUAAGACUAUUUUUGAGGGAGUCUGAAUGCAGCCUGGAUGUGCUAACUUGAUUAGAAGCUACAGAGCUGCACUGAAGACAUACAGAUUGGAUUUACAUAAUUCUAUCACUUUACUGCUUGUCUGUGUGUUUUUAAAACUGGUGCCCUUUUCUCACUAUUGGUGGAUUUUUUUUGUCAAUCACGCAUGUUGUUGGUAUAUGUAUGUAUAUGUAUGUACAUGUGGUUGUUUGAUCAAUGUAUAUGAAUGUAUUUUAAGAUUGCAAAUGAAUUAUAUUGGUAAAAUGGGAUAAUUUUGUUUAUGUAAUAUUUCUUGUUCAAGACAAUAAAGAUGAGUUUUAACAUAA